AUGACGAUCAACGUCGGUGCUCUCCAGCACUAUGCGUUGCUUGGUCUGUGGUAUUGGAUCUGUGCUGUCUCUGCGCUGAUCGGCUACUCACUGCUCCGAUUCAUCUACAACAUUUCCCCUUUCCACCCGCUGGCCAAAUACCCCGGACCGCUGCUGUGGCGAGCCUCGCGCCUCCCGGCGUCCUGGCACCAGGCGCGCGGCGAUCUAUACAAAUGCAUCGACGCCAUCCACAUCCAGUACGGGCCGAUCGUACGUAUCGCACCGGACGAGCUCUCGUUCACGAACCCGGAGGCCUGGGCCCAGAUCUACAACACACGGCCUCAGCUGCAGAAGACGCGGUUCCACUUCCCGCCGGCCGACGAGCGUCAGAUGCCCGAGAGCAUGAUCAUGGCCAGCGACGCGGACCACGCGCGGGUGCGCCGCCUCGCCAACCCGGCCUUCAUGACGGCGGGCAUCCUGGAGGUCGAGCCUGUCAUGCAGUACUACGUCGAUCUGCUCUGCUCGCAGCUGAACCAGGUGUGCCGCGACGGCGAGGGUCCGCAGAACAUGGUCGAGUGGUUCCUCUGGACGCUCAACGACGUGAUCGGCCAGCUGGCCUUGGACCAGGAGUUCGAUUGCCUGAAGAAGCGCCGACUGCACCCCUGGCCGAGCUUCCUCCUGCUGGGACUCAAGAACGCCACCAUCUUCAACCAGUUUCGUCGCUUCGGCAUCACCCAGGGCAUGCUGAUGCCGCUACUGACCAAGAAGCAGCUGGAGGAGAGGGACAAAUUCUUCAACGCGGCCACUAGUGCAGUGAAGCAACGACUCGACCGGGAAGACGAAGAAGAGCAAGGUGAUAAUGACGAUGAUCGGGAGACCCAGACGAAGAAGCAGAAGAGACCCGACAUCGUGGGCCUGAUGCUGCGCGAGAUGAAGGACGGCAACCGCCUGACCAACGAGGAAAUCACGUCCAACUCGAUGCUGAUCGUCGGGGGCGGCGCCGAGACGACGAGUACGUGCCUGAGCGCGACGUUCUACCACCUAUGCAAGACGCCGCGCGUCAUGAAGAAGCUCCAGCAGGAGAUCCGCCAGAGCUUCACGAGCAGUCGAGACAUCACCAUCCGCGCGAUUUCCUCCAAUCUGCCCUACCUCCGGGCAACUGUCGACGAGUCGUUGAGAAUCUUCCCCGUUGCCAGCUACAUCACGCCCCGGACCACGCCGAAGGGAGGCCAUCUGAUCGCCGGGGAGAUGAUACCAGAAGGAACCUACGUGUCGAUGGGCCAGUGGCACAUGGGCCGGUCCGGGCGUUUUUUCGACGACCCCAAGGAGUUCCGGCCAGAGAGAUGGCUCCAUGAGCUGGAAUCCAAGGGCCCGUCUGGGGUGGCCCUCACGGAAGCACGGCUCGUCAUCGCCAAGUUGCUGUGGCAUUUCGAUAUGGAGCUUGAUGGGGAUCAUCCUACGUGGGUUGAGGACGCCAGGUUCUACGUUCUUUGGCAACUUCAGCCGCUCAAGAUUAGGCUGACACCCGUGAAGCGGUGA